AGUUGAGGCACAAUUUGAAUUAGGCAGUUUGAUGCUAGAGCUUUUGGGUUACAUACCACCUCCAUCCAGCAUACAGGCCUGCUGUCUGUCUGUAGGAUCCUCUCCCAUGCGGUUUUCUCUUAAUGCCUUGAUGGCUUGAUUAGCUUACCUCACUUAGGAGGCAGUGUGACAACUAUGUGAUUAUAUCCACCUGAGUUGACCUGAGGUGGAGUUUUGUGGAAAGAAUUCCUUAUAGAACAUGUUUAAUCUUAGCUAUGAUUUUAGUGGGAAGAUCAUGUUCUGCUGCUUUUGUUCUUUACUGGGUCUUAACUGAGAUGUUUUGAUAUGCAGAGUUUUCCCAUAGUGCAGCCCAGGAAAUCCAAACCAGUUUAUCAAAAAGUGGUAGUUACCCGUUAACUUCUUACUCUGCUCUUUACAGACAACGCUGCCCACGUUUCAGAGCCCAGAGUUUUCUGUUACAAGGCAACAUGAAGACUUUGUGUGUCUACAUGACACUCUUAUUGAAACUGCAGACUAUGCUGGGCUUAUCAUUCCACCUGCUCCGACAAAGCCUGACUUCGAUGGCCCUCGAGAAAAGAUGCAGAAACUCGGAGAGGGUGAAGGGUCUAUGACCAAAGAAGAAUUUGCUAAGAUGAAGCAAGAGCUGGAAGCUGAGUAUCUUGCAGUCUUUAAGAAGACUGUGUCCUCUCAUGAAGUCUUUCUACAGCGGCUCUCCUCUCACCCUGUUCUCAGUAAAGAUCGCAACUUCCACGUGUUCCUGGAAUAUGAUCAGGAUCUAAGCGUUAGGCGGAAAAAUACCAAAGAGAUGUUUGGUGGCUUUUUCAAAAGUGUAGUGAAAAGUGCUGAUGAAGUCCUUUUUUCUGGAGUUAAAGAGGUAGAUGACUUCUUUGAGCAGGAGAAGAAUUUCCUCAUUAACUAUUACAAUAGGAUCAAGGAUUCAUGUGCAAAAGCUGACAAAAUGACCCGAUCUCAUAAAAAUGUUGCAGAUGACUAUAUCCACACUGCAGCCUGCCUACAUAGCCUGGCUUUAGAAGAGCCCACAGUCAUCAAAAAGUACCUACUGAAGGUUGCUGAACUAUUUGAAAAACUUAGGAAAGUAGAGAGUCGAGUCUCCUCAGAUGAAGAUUUAAAGCUGACAGAGCUUCUCCGAUACUACAUGCUCAACAUAGAGGCUGCUAAGGAUCUCUUAUACAGACGCACCAAAGCUCUCACCGACUAUGAGAACUCCAACAAAGCAUUGGAUAAGGCCCGGUUGAAAAGCAAAGAUGUCAAGUUGGCUGAGGCACACCAGCAAGAAUGCUGCCAGAAAUUUGAACAGCUUUCUGAGUCUGCAAAAGAAGAACUAAUCAAUUUCAAACGAAAGAGAGUGGCAGCAUUUAGAAAGAAUCUUAUCGAAAUGUCUGAACUGGAAAUAAAGCAUGCCAGGAACAACGUCUCCCUCCUGCAGAGCUGCAUUGACUUGUUUAAGAACAACUGAUCUGCUUUUUCUCUGAAUGAAGGACACGAAUGUGAAAGAAAGCCAGCGUCACUUGCACUUAAAUCAUUACCACAGAAGAUUUAUUACCUUUGACUUUAGUUUAAAAUUAUGUGAAUAAAUAUUUUGAUUUCUAAAAAUCUUAACACUUAACCAUGUUGGUUUAAAAUAUUUCUAUUGCAUGCUACUUGUACAUAACUAAUCUUUUCCUUAUGCAUUUAAUACCUCAAAGUGGGCAGAAUCUCAAUGCUGGGUUCUCCUAUAAUUUGUCUUUACUUCUUAAAGAGUGCAGGAAAUAUGUAUGUGCCUUCUGGAAACAAGUGUAAGCAGUUGCCUGACACAUGUUAAUCUGUUUCAUGUGCCCAUGUCCCUACAAGCAAUUUAGAGUAGGUGCCACUUACAGCAAGUAGGUCAGCUGCUUGUUAACAGGUAACAGACAUUCCAUUCAUUAAGGUGAUUUUUUUUUUUUUU